AUGUCUGCACGCAUCGCUACCUCUUUCCUGCGCCAGUCUGCAAGGCCCACCGCUUUCCCAGCCGCCCGCCUCGCCGCCACCGCCUCUCCGCUCGCCAACCCCGCGACAUUCGCUCGCAUCCGCCUCCUCUCCUCCGACGCCCGCAAGAAGAUUGACGAUGUCGUCACCAAAAACCCGCUCGUCCUCUUCAUGAAGGGAACUCCCUCGUUCCCCCAGUGCGGCUUCUCGCGCGCAGUGUGCCAGAUUCUCGAGGUCAACGGCGUGCCCGAAGAGAAGAUCGUCGCGUUCAACUGCCUCGAGGACCAGGAGUUGAGGGAGGGCAUCAAGGAGUACAGCUCCUGGCCGACAAUCCCGCAACUGUACAUCGGCGGCGAAUUCGUCGGUGGCUGCGACAUCGCGAUCCAGAUGCACCAGUCGGGCGAGCUGGAGAAGUUGUUGGUUGAGCACAAGCUGGUCGAGGCGGAGGGCAAGGCGGAGCCGGGUGCUGAGGCAUGA